AUGGGGCGUCACUGCGCCGUCGAUCGCCCCGCUAUGCGGCAAGGAGAGCGGGCUGCGGGCUGCGGGCUGCGGCAGGGCCUGGCACUGCGCUGUCGCUCUGCCUGCCGCGCGCAUGCCGCAGCCGGGCCCCACAGCGCAGAGGGCGGAGUUUCGUCGGGCUGGGGAGAGACGCCCGCCGUGCUCACCAAGGCCGGCAGCUCCUGGGGAGAGCCGCCCUCGCCCGCGCCCCUGGUGGACGACGGCACGGCGGCGUGGGGCCGGCCGCCCAGCAGCGGGAGCGGGUGGGGGGACCAGCCCGCUGCCGCCCCAGCCCUGUGCAAACCAGCUGCAAAACCUAUGCAAGAAGGCUGGGGCAGCGGCACGGACGACGUGGGCCUCGGCGCCGGGCAGUGGGAGGACGAAGAAGGGGGCGUGUGGAGCAGCGCCGCCUCCCAGGAGAGCGCCUCGUCCUGCGGCUCCUGGGGGAGCGCCCCCAAGAAAGGACUCCAAAAGGGCCUGAAAGCGGCUGGCAAGCAGGACGAGGCCUGGGCCAUGAACCGGCUGGUCAAGCAGCUCACGGACAUGGGCUUCCCGAGAGAGCCAGCUGAGGAGGCCUUGAAGAGUAACAGCAUGAACCUUGACCAGGCCAUGAGCGCUCUGCUGGAAAAGAAGGUGGACACGGACAAGCGCGGACUGGGAGUGACCGACUACAAUGGCAUGGUCACCAAGCCCCUCGGCUGCCGCCCACCGAUCUCCAAAGAGUCUUCCGUGGACCGCCCCACCUUUCUUGACAAGGACGGCGGCCUGGUGGAAGAGCCCGCGACUUCACCAUUUUUGCCUUCGCCAAGCCUGAAGCUCCCCCUUUCAAACAGUGCGCCGCCCGGUCAGGCCCUGGGUGGGGUCGCCUCGGGGCUGGGCAUGCAAAACUUGAAUUCUUCCCGACAGGUGAGGCCUGGGAGACGCCUGCACGCUCUCCCACCUGCGUGGCGAGCGUGCUUGAGACAGAGCCUCUCUGCCCAGCCCCCAGCUCCCCCUGCUCCCAGCGCCUCCAGGGCUCAGGGCACCUCAGGACCCCCAGGGCGGGAGGUCCAAGCACAGCUUUUGCAGUUUGCAGCAAAAAACAUUGGUCUCAACCCUGCACUAUUAACCUCGCCAAUGAAUCCUCAGCAUAUGACGAUGUUGAACCAGCUCUAUCAGCUGCAGCUGGUGAGUGGCGGGCCAGGUGGGACGCUCGAGCAGCGGGGCGGGGCCCACACCCUGGCCGACCGGCCGCCGGCCCCGCUCCUCCCCGCCAGCGUUUUUAGCGGUCACAACGUGAAGGCCUUCGCCGACAGGCGCCUCCCCGACCUGCAGACCAAAGAGCAGCAGUCUUCACCCAGCACCUUUGCUCCCUACCCUCUCGCUGGGCUGAACCCGAACCUGAAUGUCGGCGGCGUGGACAUGACCGGCGGCCUGUCGGCCAAGGACCCGUCUCCGUCCCAGUCUCGCCUCCCCCAGUGGACACACCCCAGCCCCAUGGAUAACUUGCCCGGUGCUGCUUCUCCUCUCGAUCAGAACCCCAGCAAGCACGGUAGGUGCGGGCUGGGCGCCGGGUGCCCCUCCACGCACCCCUGCCCUCGGGGCUCCCCGGGUUGAGUGCAACAUGCAGCGGCCCCAGGGGACCCCGGCGGCGCCGGGCUGCCAGCCCCCCCCAGCCGCACCUCUGAAGCUGCGUUCAGUCACCGCCCUCCGUCCCCUCUGGGCUCACUUUGGCCUUUUCCAGAAUUCCACCCUGGAGUUCCGUGGAAGGGACUUCAGAACAUAGACCCCGAGAGCGACCCCGACGUCACCCCUGGGAGCGUCCCCACCGGGCCGACCAUCAACACCACCAUACAGGACGUCAACCGCUACCUCCUCAAGAGCGGAGGGCCCUCCCCACCGUCGUCUCAGAACGCCACGCUGCCUUCCUCGAGUGCCUGGCCGCUCAGUGCCUCCGGCUACAGUCGCUCCUUCAGCAGCCUCACGCCCGCCCCCAGCAUCGCAGGUAAACUGUCAGACAUGAAGUCCACGUGGUCCUCUGGCCCUGCCGCCCACACGCAAGCCUCGCUGUCCCACGAACUGUGGAAGGUGCCCAGAAACACGCCUGCCCCCACCAGGCCGCCUCCGGGGCUGACCAACCCCAAGCCUUCCUCCAGCUGGGGAGCCAGCCCCCUGGGCUGGACCAGCUCCNNNNGGGGACAGACGGCCUGGUGCCAGGGAGCGUCACCGCCCACCUCCCCGCAGAUCGACGGCUCCACCCUCCGGACCCUGUGUCUGCAGCACGGGCCCCUCAUCACAUUCCACCUGAGCCUGACGCAGGGCAGCGCCGUGGUCCGCUACAGCUCCAAGGAGGAGGCCGCCAAGGCCCAGAAGUCCCUGCACAUGUGUGUUCUGGGCAACACUACCAUCUUGGCCGAGUUCGCUGGCGAAGAAGAAGUGAAUCGUUUCCUAGCCCAAGGCCAGGCGCUGCCGCCCAGCUCCAGCUGGCAGUCCAGCUCCGGGUCCGGCCAGGCGCGGCUGGGCGCCUCGGGCAGUUCCCACGGCCUGGUGCGGAGCGACGCCGGCCACUGGACCGCCCCGUGCCUGGCCGGCAAAGGGAGCAGUGACCUGCUGUGGGGUGGGGUCCCGCAGUACUCCAGCAGCCUGUGGGGCCCGCCCAGCACCGACGACGGCAGGGUGAUCGGGAGCCCCACCCCGCUGAACACGCUGCUCCCGGGCGACCUUCUCAGCGGGGAGUCCAUGUAGGCCCCGGGGCCCCGCGCCGCGGUCAUCGGCACUCAGAAGCAGCAGCUGGCCCCGGCCAGCCCGGGCGCUGCCGAGGACCCCGCUGGCCCCGCUGGCCCCGCAGCCCCUCGGGUACCUCUGUCCAGUGCUGACGACGGACCUCGGCGCAGCCCUUGCGAACUGUCCCGGGGCAGUGCGGGCCGCCGCGGCGCCGUGGCACGAUGACCGGACGCGCCCUCAGUUUCCCUUUGUGUCGUCGUGUGUCUGUACGGUGUGCUGUCGUUUGAGUUUUUGAGUAUAAAAGCUGCUUAGAAUAGUUUUAUCAUGAAGGGCACUUUUCAGACUGUGGGCUGCAGAGGGUUAUUUUAUCACGGGGGAGGGCGGGAGGGAGAGAGAAGCCUAUUUGAAGCGAGCCUGUGACGAUUAUGCACAUUACGAGGCGGCCGGCGCCCACCCUCGCCAGGCGGCGGCCGCCGGGCCGCCAUGCACAUCCCCGUUUCAUGCUCCUCAUGUCGUUUUUUUUAUCCCAAAAGAUAUUUUUUAAAAGUUAGAAAAAGAGAGACAUAUCAAACAUGCAAAUACUUGAAUCCAGCAGGCCAAUAAUGAAAUGUGAACACUUUCGAAGUCGAGCUCACACUUCCAGGUCGCCAUCGGACGCAGCAGCGGGCGCCGGGCGCCGCCAGCCCGAA